AAUGCAAGCUUUUUUUCUUGCAUAAAUUAUGUUCAUGACGUAGUGGCAAAAAGGGCACAUUUCUGCCGAUUCUCACCGAGUUUGUGCCUCACAUGGGAGCUUGUGAGGCGCCUGGAGGCGUUUUUUGGGGAGUGGGGGGGGGGGAUGAGCCCAAGUGUUGGCAUCGCGGCGAGGCGAGACGAGAGGCCAAGAUCCCCCAAAACAUUGCAGCUCUCCUUUUUAUCAAUGCAAAUGGCUUUUGUGUGUGCAGCCACUGCGCCUGUCUGGGAGCUGACAUGCAUUUUUAAUUAGCUGCGACUGAACCAAACUGUGACAAGGACCAUAUAGGAGCGGAGGAUAGAAGUGGUGCAGCCAAACCAUGAAGUCCCAGGACCUACCUGACACAGAUGCCCCGCUUGCUGUCAACGAGCAGGUCAUCGUGAUGUCUCGCCAUGAGACGAUACGAGUGCUAGAGGUUGAGGUUGAUGCAACUCUGUCUUCAUCGAUACCUGAAGGGAAGAAGAGUGAGGGAAAAACAGAGGAGGGAGGGGCUCAACCUGAGAGUAGUCGCCCACGGGACAACCAUGCUGGGGGAGUCUUCGCUGGCAAACAGCAAGCGACAUCCGGAGAGGUGCCAGCCCCCACCGUCCAAACCCUCACUCCGACUGUGCCCAUCAGUGUAUCCUUGCCGCAGCCUCCUGCGGCCACUGUGCCCGUCACAGUACAAGGUUGUCCGCAGGUUCUGUCCCAAGAAAGUCUGGCCGCUCUGAUGACGGGCAUGUUGGCCCAGACAGGCUCUGUAGCCCAGCCCUUGCUCAUCCCCAUCAGUAUGGCGGGGCCCAUUGGUGGCCAGGGGGGUCUGGCUGUUCUCACCCUGCCUACUACCAAUGUAGCUACUCUGUCUGGAUUCUCCGCCUCCGCCUCGCAGCCCACAAACCUCCUUAAGAUGCCCUUCGCUGGCCUUCAAGGUGCAAUGGUUCUGAAUUCAAUUCAGCCUCAGCUACAAACCAGCACACAGGCUGUGUUCCAGCCUCCAGCAGGUUCCAUACAGCCGGUGCACACACCAUUGCAACAGCCUUGCAGAGGCUUGAUGUCUCAGUCGACCCCAGCCGCUGUCAUCUCUGCUGCGCAAGAGGAAGUGGCUCAAGCCACUCCAGCAGCAACUGUGGCCGCUCAGUCCAACAUAUCAGUGGCUGCGCUGCAGACAGCAGGACUCUCCAUCAAUCCCGCACUUAUCAAUGCUGCAUCACUGGGAGCGCAGACCCAGUUUCUCAGUUCCCUCACGUCCAGUCCCAUCAUCACGAACGCCAUGUCCAACAUGGCCGCCAUCACCAGCCAGAUCCUUACAACCACACAGGGACAGGUGAUAGGUACUCUUCCUUUGUUGGUAAACCCAGCUUCUUUGGCUGGGGGGGCUGCCACUCCAACCCUCCCCCUCCAGGGUCUGCAGGUUCAGACAGUCACCCCACAGUUGCUCCUUAACACCCAGGGCCAAAUCUUUGCCACGGUCGGGAAUGGAGCUGCCUCGGUCGCAGCAUCUGCUGCUGUUCUGCCCAAAGCUGCUGUCCCACCCACACCUUGCAAACCAAGCCCCCAGUUUGUACACGAUCAUGCACAGGCGCCGGCAACAGCUGCCACCCAGUUGCCAGUUGUCAUCGCCCCACAGCCGUCAGUCCUCAAGAGCACCACCUCGCCAUCCUCAUCGCUCCCUAUCACCUGUGGCGAUAUGGCAAAAGUGGGCCAGCUUGUCAGUAAGCCCCAUCAGGCCGCCAGCAGUGAGGAGGGCAUCAAUCUGGAAGAAAUACGAGAGUUUGCCAAGAAUUUCAAAAUCCGGCGGCUUUCGUUGGGACUGACGCAGACUCAAGUGGGACAGGCUCUGACUGCCACAGAGGGCCCAGCCUACAGCCAGUCUGCCAUUUGCAGGUUUGAAAAGCUGGAUAUUACCCCGAAGAGUGCCCAGAAGUUGAAGCCGGUGCUGGAGAAGUGGCUUGCCGAAGCCGAGCACUGGAACCAGAAGGGCCAACAGAACCUGAUGGAGUUUGUCGGCGGCGAGCCGUCAAAAAAACGCAAGCGGCGCACCAGUUUCACGCCUCAAGCAAUCGAGGUCCUCAACUCCUACUUUGAGAAGAACUCCCUGCCGACAGGCCAGGAGAUCACAGAAAUCGCAAAGGAGCUGAACUAUGACCGGGAGGUGGUGCGGGUUUGGUUUUGCAACCGGCGACAAACGCUGAAAAACACGAGCAAAAUUAACAUUUUCCAGGUCCAGUAGAAAAUGGAAUUUUGCAGACUUUGCUGUAAAUACGAGAACAUGAAGGAAGUUACACACUCUAAGAUUCAAUGCAAGUACAGUACUAAAAUGAGUCCUUUAGUUCUAAGACUGAGUGUAUGUGUGCAUGGUUCCUCCUCCAAAUAAUAACAUACACACAGGUAAGUCAUACAAAUUUGUUAAGUGGCAUUGUUGUUCAUAUUUGAGUACAGUGGAACCUCUAACGUGGAACACACAAUGGUCUUUUCUGGCAAAAAGGCCUCCAGAAGUUGUACAAAAUGUCAAACUUUGAAUGCAAGAUGUUAUCACAGGACCUCAGUUCAGCAUGUAUUAAAGCAUUAACUGCGUACAGUAUUUUUCUUUUUCAUUUGCGUUUUGGGGUUAUUUGGCAAAAAGACUUAAGUGUCAUUGCUUGGUAUCAAAGACAGGGCUGUUGUUUUACGGUUGAACACUUAUUUUUACACUUUACAGUUAAGAUUGUAAACAGUUCCUUUAAAAAAUGUUGAUGCAGUGAAUAAUGGUAUUUUUACAGUGGCAGUUUGACCCUCGGAAAAAUUGGUUCAAAUUGGAGGGACUUUAGAGGUUCCACUGUAACAUGUUGAUUGCCAUAAUGAACACUUCCAUUAGCUGCUCAUCUACUGAGCCACAACUCAAUCCUGCAACAGGUCAGGGACAAUCUUUUGUUUGAUAUUUCUUGAUAAUCAUAAAAGUUGAAGGUAGUUAACUGUAUUGGAUCUUUAUACUUUCAUACUAGCCGUUGUUGAUGAUUUAUAACGUAAUUGUUGGCUAUUCCAUAUAUGGCCACUAAUGCAAGCAUAGUGUUUUAAUUCAAUAAGUAAUGAUUUAAUCGCAACCUAUUGCUGUUUUCCUGCCUCCUGUCUUUUUUCGGUGAUAACAAACAUUACUCUUCAUCGCAAGUCAGAUGAAUUAUUUAUUUAUUUAUUUAUUUUAUACAAAUGAACUUUAUUAGAAUAUUAACAAUUUAACUUUGAAAACCACCCUACACCAAUAACAUAUUUUAGAUACAUUUAAUGAAUCUAGUAUAAAUAAAAUUGAUGGAAUUGCAUAUGUUAUGAGUUAUGUGUGUAAUGACUUGAGUGAGUGUGUUGCAUGUGCUGUAUGUUUUUUCUACUAACUGGCAGUUGUUAUUUUUAAUCUUUGUGUUAUUUGUCAAGGCGCCACCGGCGCCAUCAGCCUGCAGGGCACCGGUGGAAAUUCAGCUACUGUGGGUCGAAGAAGAAGAGGUGGAAAACAGGUUCUUCGGCAGAAAGAGAAGAGGAAAGCACAGAGCCUAGAACUGAAUGUGGGGACUUUGAAUGUUGGGACUAUGACAGGAAAAUCUCGGGAGUUGGUUGACAUGAUGAUUAGGAGAAAGGUUGAUAUAUCGUGUUUCCAGGAGACCAGGUGGAAAGGCAGUAAGGCUAGAAGUUUAGGGGCAGGGUUUAAAUGAUUUUACCAUGAUGUAGAUGGGAAGAGAAAUGGAGUCGGGGUUAUUUUAAAAGAAGAGUUGGCUAAGAAUGUCUUGGAGGUGAAAAGAGUAUCAGAUCGAGUGAUGAGGCUGAAACUUGAAAUUGCGGGUGUUACGUAUAAUGUGAUUAGUGGCUAUGCCCCACAGGUAGGAUGUGACCUAGAGGCGAAAGAGAAAUUCUGAAAGGAGCUAGACGAAGUAGUUCUGAGCAUCCCAGACAGAGAGAGGGUCGUGAUUGGUGCAGAUUGUAAUAAACAUGUUGGUGAAGCAAAUAGGGAUGAUGAAGAAGUGAUGGGUAAGUACUGCAUCCAGGAAAGGAACUUGGAGGGACAGAUGGUGGUAGACUUUGCAAAAAGGAUGCAAAUGGCUCGAAUGAACACUUUUUUUCCAGAAGAGGCACGAACAUAGGGUGACCUGCAAGAGCGGAGGUAGAGCACGCAGGUGGAUUACAUCUUGUGCAGACAAUGUAAUCUGAAGGAGGUUACCGACUGUAAGGUUGUGGUCGUGGAGAGUGUGGAUCGACAGCAUAGGAUGGUGGUGUGUAAGAUGACUGGUGGUGGGGAGGAAGAUUAGGAAGACAAAGGCAGAGCAGAGAACCAUGUAGUGGAAGCUGAGACAGGACGAGUGUUGUGCAGCUUUUCGGGAAGAGGUGAGAGAGCUUCCAGAAGACUGGACCACUACAGCCAAGGUGAUCAGAGAGACAGGCAGGAGAGUACUUGGUGUAUAUUCUGGCAGGAAAGGAGAGAAGGAGACUUCGUGGUGGAACCGCACAGUACCGGAAUUCAUACAAGGAAAAAGGUUAGCUAAGAAGUGGGACACUGAGAGGACCGAGGAGAGGCGAAAGGAAUACAUUGAGAUGCGACACAGGGCAAAGGUAGAGUUGGCAAAGGCCAAACAAGAGGCAUAUGAUGACAUCUAUGCCAGGUUGGACACUAAAGAAGGAGAAAAUGAUCUAUACAGGCUGGCCAGACAGAGGGAUAGAGAUGGGAAGGAUGUGCAGCAGGUUAGGGUGAUUAAGGAUAGAGAUGGAAAUAUGUUGACUGGUGCCAGUAGUGUGCUAGAUAGAUGGAAAGAAUAGUUGAUGAAUGAGGAAAAUGAGAGAGGAGGGAGAGUAGAAGAAAUUGUGUCUUUGCAGAUCUAGAGAAAGCCUAUGACAGAGUACCUAGAGAGGAACUGUGGUACUGCAUGCGGAGGUCUGGAGUGGCAGAGAAGUAUGCUAGAAUAAUACAGGACAUGUACGAGGGCAGCAGAACAGCGGUGAGGUGUGCUGUAGGUGUGACGGACGAAUUUAAGGUGGAGGUGGGACUGCAUCAGGGAUCAGGCCCUGAGCCCCUUCCUUUUUGCAAUGGUGAUGGAUAGGCUGACAGAUGAGGUUAGACUGGAAUCUCCAUGGACCAUGAUGUUUGCAGAUGACAUUGUGAUCUGCAGGGAGCAGGUGGAGGAACAGUUAGAAAGAUGGAGGCAUGCACUGGAAAGCAGAGGAAUAAAGAUUCGUCAAAGGGUGGAGGAACGUGUGGAGGAAGGUGUCAGGUGUGUUAUGUGACAGAAGAGUCUCUGGUUGGAUGAAGGGCAAAGUUUAUAAAACAGUGGUGACGCCAGCCAUGAUGUAUGGAUUAGAGACAGUGGCACUGAAGAGACAACAGGAAGCAGAGCUGGAGAUGAAGAGACAACAGGAAGCAGAGCAAAUGAAGAUGUUGACCAGGUUGGAUAAAAUUAGAAAUGAGCUCAUCAGAGGGACAGCCAAGAUUCGAUGUUUUGGAGACAAAGUUAGAGAGAGAAGACUUCGAUGGUUUGGACACGCCCAGAGGAGAAAUAGUGAGUAUAUUGGUAGAAGGAUGACGAGGAUGGAGCUGCCAGGCAAGAGAGCUAGAGGAAGACCAAAGAGAAGGUUGAUGGAUGUCAUGAUGGAAGACAUGACGGCAGUUGGUGUUCGAGAGGAGGAUGCAGGAGAUAGGCUUACAUGGAAAAGGAUGACGCGUAGUGGCAACCCCUAAAGGGACAAGCCGAAAGGAAAAGAAGAAGUGU